AUGGCCAGCGAAAUCGAUAUCUUCACCGAAUAUGCCUUGCACAUGGACCCAGCCUCCAAAGCAAUUAGCCACCCAGCAUCCCUCCCGACACAAUCUCAAACAACAACCAUGACAACCGAAUUAAACGAACUAAACGCCCUCCACCGCUCACUCCUCUCCCUCGAUCCCCCAAACAUCCCCCCACCCCCUAUGCCAAUCAACCCCAAGCGUAGCGCCCAGAUCACCAAACUCCGCGACAGCGGCAACGCCGCCUACCGCAAAAACAACUUCGACGAAGCCGUCAAGCUGUACACCUACGCGAUUGAUAUGGCGCUUGCGCGACCCGGCUGGGAACCUGUCGGUCUUGCUAGAGAGGAACUUUCGGGACUAUUUGGAAACCGGGCGCAGGCUCAUAUGGGAAAUCAGGAUUGGCCUGCCGGCUUGGUUGAUGCGAAGUGCAGUAUUGAUUCGAAGCCUGUUGGGAACGUUAAGGCCUGGUGGCGGGUUGGAAAGUGUUGUGCCGAGAUGGCGAGGUAUGAGGAGGCGAAGAACUUUUUGGUCAAGGGGCUUGAGAUGGAGGGCGGUGCUUCUGAGGGGGCGAAGGAGCUGGGUUCGUUGUUGGUUGAUGUUGCUGCGGCUUUGCAGCGGUCCUCUUAG